CAACAUUGGGUGCAGUAAUUAUAAUUAUCAAACGGAAGAAACACAAAAUAACUGUCAAUCUCCCUCUGUCUUGUGCUGUGGGUAUGCUGAGUCAUGGGUGUAUAGUGAGAAGAGCAGAGCUUUUAGCCUGCAACCUUGUGGUGCUCCAGUGCUAAGUGAGAGUGGAGGAGUUAUAGUUCCCCGGUCUGAUAGUCUGUGUGCUGUCUGGUACGAAGCCUUUGAUCCAGAAAAAAAUGUAAUGACUGACAACAAGAUUCUGCAUAAUUCAGACCUGGCCUGAGGGUAGCAAUGUAUCCAAACUUCCACAAUCCGUUUGCAGAUGAUGAUGAUGAUCAUGCCACACCAGCAGCAGAAGACUUUCAUUUUGAUGAUUGUGAUGAAGAAAAAAGCACAGUCAACCCAGCAGAUCAACGACAGAGGCAGCUCAAACAAGAGGUUAUGCGCACAGCUCAGUCUGCGAUGGACAGCAGCAGUCGCUCCCUCGGUCUCAUCUAUGAUUCUGAGAAAAUCGGGACGGAGACAGCAGAGGAGUUGAUUCGUCAGGGUGAGGCCUUGAAGAGGGCAGAGAGAAUGGUUGAUGAUAUGACACAGGAAAUGAAGACUAGUCAAAGGCACUUAAACUCUAUUAAAAGUGUAUGGGGAGGUUUGGUAAACUACUUUAAGAGAGAUUCUGUGCCAAGGCCACCACAGAAGGAACAGCCACCUGUCUAUGAGGCCACCAACAGAUUACAGAAUGCACUAGCAGAAAGCAAGGAACAUGAAGGUAAAUAUGAGGCCAGCCAUCCCAAUCUCAGGAAACUGGACACAUCUGAAUUGUUUGGAGCUUCAUUUGAUGAAUCGUUCCAAAAUGGAUACUCGAAGAAUACGCAUUUGAACGCUGUUCAUCAGCAUCUGGACAAUAACUUAGAUGAAAUGUCAAAGGGUUUGAGCAGACUGAAGAAUUUGGGCCUGGGGUUGCAAGCAGAGAUUGAUGAUCAAGAUGUCUCACUGGAUUCUCUGCUAAAUAAAGUGGACUCAAUGGAAGGCAAGAUAAGCUCUACCAACCACCAACUCAGAAAUCUGAAAUGAGUCUAAAGAUUCCAGUAUCAUCUCAAAGUAGUGCAUUCUUGUGCACUACAAUGUUUUUUGAUCAAUAGCCAGAUUAACAGUUUUACCAAUUUAAUUAGCAUAGAGUAUCCCCACAUUAUUACAGUGGUAUAUGCAGUAAUGUAACUGGAAUGUAACUGCCUUUGUACAUAUUUAUCUAAAGAAAGUUUUUUUUUUUUUUUUUUUUUUUAGCUUUUAAGCAGAUCACAUCAAUCUUACGACCUAAUCUGUGGUUAUUCUGUGAAAAGCAUUUCAAAGUAUAUGGUCUCUACAAAAAUAAACGUUGACAAUAACUUGUUGCAGUAAAUGAAAAAUACUUAUUUUAUACCAUAAUUAUAAAUAGCCUUUCAUUCUAUCAUUCACUGAACUACAUUCAGUGUUUUUUUUUUUUAUAUGAUCACUAUUAAACAAGACUUUUCUCAGUCCAGAGAAAAGAAAACCUGCUUACUUGAAGCUUACUUACAACAGAAGUCUAAAUAUAGUUGUUGGGACAGCUACUUUUGUGGGUUUGACAGGAGUAAAAUCCAAUAUGUUCUGCUUUUGUAGACCAUCCAACAUAGGUGUUGAUGUUUUCUGCAUGCUGAGAUGCACAGAAGAGAUUUAAAGACUGGAUUUAUGAGUUCGUCACACUCUACAUUUGCUCUAAUUUACACCGAAUUGUGUGAAAACAAAAAACAUAGUGAGCAUAGAAUGACUUAAUAAAGAAAAACAGAACCAAUGAGCUGCUCAUAAAAGUAAAUAUUCAAACAAAUCAAGUAGUAAUGCUGAAGCUUUAGCCCAAAACAUUGUACUGUUUCAAAUAUGGUUAUUAAUAAUCAAAAGGUACAGAAGCUGAAAUGUGGCCAGCUGUUAAACUGGAUUGGUUUCUGUGGCAGGAUGUAUCGAGACGUAAACCCUUGACUGUAGUCCCAGUUUAUCAAGAAAGAAAGACAAACCUGGAAACUCACAUAGAUUCAUUGCUUGUAAGAUUAAAUUUGAUACUUUUAUGAUACUCCCUUCAUAGACAAGCAAAUAUUUCCCCUAAAUAACAUGCUGGAAAUUGGAGGAGCCUCAAGUGGUGCCUCAAGCUCUCAAGCCCACCAUCAAGUUUCCAGAGGAAAUUUCUAAAAGAGCUCCAGUCAUCUUGUUUUGGGUCAGGUUCUGAUAAGUGAGCAAAUUAAAUCCAUCAAUUCUGAUUCCCCUAGAUGGCAUUUACCUCCCAUAGAUGGCAGAACACCUGUUCUGAUAACAUUUACUAGAUCAUGCAGAGAGUGAAGAGUGUUAAAAUGUGAUUUAAUCUGCCCAAGAAACAUGUUUAAAUUGUUUAUUUUAAGAGAUCCCUUUCUUUGAGUGUUUUGUUUCAGAGAACACGGGUGAGUUUGUUGUAUCUGAUUUCAUCUUUCAAGUAUGUAAUGUAACUAACUAAAAUAUUGUUAGGAAUGUAUUUUAAAAUAUUGCGUUACAUUGGGAAACAUUUGUGUUUUAGUUAGCUUAUGUAAUAUUCUCUAUUGCUCUCUGCUGAGCUACACAUGCUACUCCUGAGAUACCCGUGUUCCCUACCUCUUCUGUUCUCCAGAUUUGCCUGAUCCAUCCAAUAUGCACAUAUGCUGCUUUUUAAUAGGGUCCAUAGUUAAAAUUUCUAUACCAAAUCCUUUUUCCCCCUCUUCAAACAUUUGAUAGGCUUUUGGGAAGUCGUGGCCUAAUGGUUAGAGAGUCUGACUCCUAUCCCUAAGGUUGUGGGUUCGAGUCUCGGGCCGGCCACGACUGAGGUGCGCUUGAGCAUGUCACCAAACACAAACACAUCUUUAUCAAGUAUCCAGAUGAUGCCACAGUGGUUGGUCAGAUCAGCAAAAACGCUGAAUCGGCCUACACGUCACGUGACAUCAUCCGUAUACCCAUGAUAACCAUUACCAUUUUGUGGAUUUUUUUUAUUUUGGGGCGGUAUGAUGUCAUCUGAAUACUUGUGUUCCCCUCAUUGUUGUGAGUGCUUUUAUAUAUUACAUGUCAAUGUUGUGGAAAGUCUUUUGCAUAUUUUGGGGGCAGGGCUGCCUGACAACCAAAAGUUCAGUCAGUGCACCAGUUAAAACCUUCCAGAGUAUCACCCUAAAGAAGCUGGCCGAGUUUCGUGUAGAUAGCUCGAAAGCUUGCCGAGUUUUAAACCCCUAAAAUUAAUAAAGGGUGAUUAUGACAAAAAAGGCCAAUUUGAGACCCAGUACCAUGAGUUAAUGGUACUCUGAUCACUUAGAAAAGUAAACAAGGUCUACAACAUAUUUGAUUUUGGUGCAUGUGGCUCGAAAGCCCUAGAAGUAGCAAGUAAUCAUUUUUUGUCUAAGAAGAAUAAGCAAAACAGAAUGUUGGCUUCAACUAACCAACAUUAAUAUUAAAACUCCUGCUAGCCAUAGAAAAAGGGUUUCAGAAAAUCAUUGAUGAAAUUGAAGCUGAAGAUACAUGUGCAUUUCAAUACAUUAGAAUGUCAUGGACAACACUCUUGAUCUCAUUCUAACCCUCGGAUUAAAUAUAGAAAAUAUGGUCACAGUGUCUCAAUCAGAAGUGAUCUCUAACCACUAUCUCAUUUCAUUUAAAUUGCGCUUCGGACACAAUAUUUGCUACUUGCCACAUCACCAUGUUAAAUGUACAUUUACGUACAUUUACGUACAUUCACUACUGCAGAGAGAUUUACCAAUAGUCUUCCAGAAUUAUCAUCCAUGAUUGGAUCGCCAUCUGACCUGACAGAACUUGAUCAGGUGACUGACUAUUUAGAGUCAGUGUGUCUCUACACCUUUGAUAAUGUAGCUCCACUUAAAAGGAAAGUAAUUGGAGAGAAAAAACUUGCACCCUGGUACAACGACAACAGAAACUUUAAAACAAUCUGCUAGGAAAUUAGAACGUAAAUGGCGUCAAACUAAAUUAUCAGUAUUUCGAUUAGCAUGGAAGGAAAGCCUUCAUAGCUACAAAAAAUCUCUUAGUGCUGCUUGAUCAGUGUAUUUCUCUAGCCUUAUCAAAGAUAACAAAAAUAAUCCUAAAUUCUUAUUUAAUUUAAUACUGUAAAAUUAACUAUGAAUAAAAACACUGUCGAAAAGCACACACCAUCUAUUUGUAGAAGUAAUGACCAUGAAUUAUUUCAACGGAAAAAUCGAUAACGUCAGGCAUAAAAUUCAGACCAUUAUACCAAACAAGUUUAUAGAUAGUGCCAUACAUAAUAUUUCUGUUUUUGAUCUGUAUUUACACUGUUUUAAUACCCUUCAAGAGACUGACUUAUUUUCACCGAUUUCUUAUUCAAAAUUAUCAACCUGCAUACUGGAUCCCUUACCCACAUGUUUCCUUAAACAGAUACCCCUAGUAGCUAUCCAACCCAUUCUAAAGAUAAUAAAUUCUUUCUUUAUCACUGGCUAUGUGUCCCGAAAUCUUUUAAGCUAGCAGUUAUCAAGCCUUUGAUUAAAAAAACCUGACCUCGAACCAAGUCAGCUGUCAUAUAGGCCAAUAUCAAACCUCCCCUUUAUCUCCAAGAUCCAGAAAAGGUUGUAGCUCAGCAGUUAUGCUACAGUUAUGCUACAUAGGAAUAAUAUUCAAUUAACGUAUCAGUCAGGAUUUAGGCCUCAUCAUAGCACAGAAACAGCACUGGUUACCUGUUACUGGCUUCUGAUCAGGGUUGUGUCUGAUCAGUGCAGCUUUUGAUACCAUUGACAUUCUAUACUACUUGAUAGGCUAGAACAUGUUGUUGGUGUUAAAGGGACAGCUCUCUCCUGGAUCGGGUCUUAUUUGACAGAUUGAUAUUAGUUUGUAGACCUAAAUGGUGACUACUCGAAACAAACUAAGAUACUGUUCGGUGUUCCGCAAGGUUCUGUUUUAGACCCAUUGAUUUUCUCCUUAUAUAUGCUAUCCCUUGGUGCAAUUAUUCGUAAUCAUGGUAUUGGCUUCCACUGUUAUGCUGAUGACAUGCAGCUAUAUGUUUCAGGUAAGUCAGAUGUGAGUCACCAGCUUAAUAAGAUUGAAGAUUGUGUGAAGGACAUUAGACAGUGGAUGCUUAAUUAAUGUCCUCCUGUUUAACUCUGAUAAGACAGAAGUGCAUUUACUAGGUCCACAGGCAGCCCAAAGCUUUAUGAUUACAGAGUAACUCUGGAUGGUCAUUCUGCUACAUGUGCAACAGUAAAAUACCUCUGUGUUAUUAUUGAUACCGGUCUCUCAUUUGAAGCUCCCAUAAAUACCACAAGGAUAGCCUUUUUUUUCAUCUCAGAAAUUUAGCAUUACUUAGCAUUAAUAUUAACUAAUAUGUUGCCAUCACCAUUCCCAUUCUAAUCAGAAUGGCCUUCGAGCUCCAAGAAAUCAACCAGUUUAACACAAAUUUCUCACAUAGGACUUCUAAUGCUUUAAUGGCAGUGGUGAGGUUACCUCCUCACCUGUAUGCAUAGGGAUUACUGUGCCAAAUUCAACCCAAUUAAGCUGCACGCUUCAUCCCCUUAAGGCUAGUAUAGUGUAGCGUACAAAUCGCUGUUGGUUAUACCAUAUGUAGUUAAUCCAUUCUGCAUUAUUUUUUGUUUCCAACCAUGGAAAAAACAUUACAAGAUGGUCCAUUGCUGCCUGUCCUUGAGAUUUGUAUGAUUCUGGAAUACCUAACAGAACUCCUGCCCAGUUCACAUAUACUUCAUCUUCCUCAUGGCUGAAUCUCUUCCGUGCUUUUGGCACAGAUUCCUCUGAUUCACAGAAGCACCCUAAGGAACCCGAUCAGAUUUACUUUGGCACAGGUUGUCCUGGUGCUUCUGUCGUAAAGCGGUUUCUUGUCUGCAGUGCCAAAAUACAUCCGCUGUCAGUAUAGUGCCUCUCUUCGCCAGGUCUGGAAUUCUCCAAGUAUAUUUUACUUGCUUUCCAUUUGUUUCCACAGCUAUCACUUGUGCAUCUUGGUCAGCCUACCACACUUCUUCAGUUUUUACUUCUCCUUACACUUUGUGUCCAUAUCCCUUGUAGCAAUGUGGGAAGAGUAGGUCAGGAGCUGUUUCCAGGUGGCUUGGGAACUGCUGGUCGUGACACUCGCGUGGCUAUACUUUCUAUAACUAUCCUGAUAGAGGUGUUUGUAGGCAUAUUCUAUUGACGUCUGUCUGGCCUUACUUAGUGGUCUUCUUACUGUUCCUUCCAAUGGGUCAAAGUAACGAUUCAGACAAAACAGAACACAUCCCUGGUAUGUGCAUGGGGAUAAAGGUUUUUCAGCUAUGCAUCUGGCAGGUUGCUACGUUUCCUGGAAUUGGGAUGACCCUAGCUCUUUGUUUUCUCUGGUUACAUACUGUAUCACACAGUCCAUCUUCAUGGUGCCGACUCUGCCCUAUUGAUGGCGGAAGCUGUCUCCUUUCUGAAACAGGCUGUCUGCUGUAUGUGGUGUUUCUUCUUCAUACUGCCCCAGCCUGUUGUCUUCUGAGGCUCCUCCUACUGAUGUUUCAGGCAGCACAUUAAGUGGUGCAGGAAGCGGGUUAGACUGUUCCUCUGAUGGUGACCUUUGUCCUUGCAUUUCUUUGGGCUGUGCUUCUCCAGUUGGCAGGUCUUCUGCUUGUGAGUUUUUGUUAUCAUGUGUCUCAGGCACCAGAUCCUGCAGUUGCUCGAUGAGAAGAUCCGGAGCCAGGGUGCGGUUGGGUCUUCUGCACGUGUGCAAUGAUUGAGGGGGUAUCAUCCAGCUUUGCCUUCUACAUUUAUAGCUGUUGGUGUGGCUAGUGUUACCUUAUAUCGCCAUGUCCUUCUUACAUUGUUCCACUUCCUUUUAAAGGCUCUGAUGUACACCCAGUCUCCUGGGCAACGAACUACUUUCUGUAGUCCGUUGGUUACUUACAUUGCUCUCGCCUCGGUGGCCCCUUUUACCUGUUGAAAUAAAGUUCUGUGUAUUUGGGUUUGAUGUUUUACAUAGCUAGCAUGUUCUCUUUUGUUCGAGUGAGGGCCCUUUAUUGGGAAACCUUUAAGUGUGGCACAGGCAUCGGUCGAACCAUAAGCAUUUUAUGUUAUGCUAAAUUUUGUUUGCAUGCGCAUGCUCAUCAAAGCCAAAGGGUGUGCUUGCACCCAAGAUAAUUUGGUCUCUGUGCAGAUUUUAGUGAAUUUUGCCUAUAGUGUUAGUGCUUUUAGUGUCUUCUCUCCACCAUUCCUUGUGACUGUGGGUGAUCUUACCAGGCUUACCAGGGAAAUUACCAGGCUCCUUAUCGAAACCACUGUCUCAUGAGGCAAAGGGUAGCUCAACCUAUUCUAGCAUACACUCUGCCAAAUUUCCAGAGAAACCAUUCCAUUUCGGCUGUGUUAAAGGAACAGAAAGGAAAACAACAGAACUUCAAAGGCUAGAGUAUAAGAGUAGACAAAGUAAGGCACUGAUUGAAUUUGAGAAUCUGGCCCAACAACAAUCAAUGCAAGACAAGAGCAGAAAGCUUGAAUGCUUAGAAUAACUUAAGUUAAAUGCUGCAAAAGCUAGAGCACAGGCCUAUGAUUUGAUACAUGAUAUUGAUUCAGCAGGAGAAAGUCAAAAUCAUUUGCAAUCCCCCAUCCACAACCCAAGUACUCAAAUCCCCAUCCAAAGCCUCAAGUUUUCUGUUUAUUUCUCAGUCUUUAUCAGAUACAAGGGAAGAUUAUAAUUCCCAAUCUCUGAACAGGGUAUCUCAAGUUUUUAUUACUGUGCCAGCAGAUGCUAUGAGUGCCAACUGUCCUCAAGUGCCAGAGCACUGAAGCAGCAUAUGACUUAGACUAGCAACUGUUUGAGAAAAAUUUUGGAGUCACAUUCAUAAUUUAAAAAUCCUACAGAGACAAGCUUUGGGUCAAAGAUAACCUCUAACAAUAGUUGUGAAAUAAGGGAGUCUACAGAAUUCAAGAGCUGUGAAGUCACAAUGCCCCACCUUAAGACAUUGGAAGUUCUCGAUGACUGCAAGGAGAAUAAAAAAAAUCUUACUGAAGUGUCCGGAUGGAACCGCAAGGUGAUGGAAGCUAGAGCCAUUUAUCCACAAUUUAGAGUUUGUGGAUUUUAAAUUAAUUGAAGUGGUUCUUGCUUGUCAUUUUAUAUCUUCUGUACAGGUGCUUAAAACUGUGGAAAGCAGGAAACUGAUGCUGUAGAAAUUGUUGCAGUGGCAAUUAGCAAUGUAGUCAGUCAGGAAGGUUUAAACACACACAACUACAAACAUUGAGAUACUAAAAAGGAGACUGUCCAUUUGUAGCUAUCCCCAAUGUCUGCAAAGUCAACAGUCAUACAUUGCCAGAAACUACAAGUGAACAGAUACAACUCUAAUGCUUAAUGCCCUUAGUUUUCACACGAGUUUAUUUCUGUGAAAAGAUCACAUUUUCUACAUCAGAAACUGCUCUAAAUUGGACUCAUCUAGAAUAAGUGGCAGACAAGAUACCACCAUUAAUGGAUACAAAGUCUUUUGGUCAGUUCCCACUCCCAGCAAGCCCUUCGUACCAAAGAAAUCGUAUUUGGGGAGGAAAAUCAUCUAUAUGAACAACUAACUGAUCUCGGCUGGAGCAUAGUCGGCUGCUCACAUCCAACAAACAAUUGCAGUGAUGCAAUAGGAAUUGGUCAUCAUAAAAUUCAACCAUCAUAGGAAUCUGUCUUGUUAUAGAACCUUAGUGAAAUAGACUUUAUAUAACACAGUGCAGAUGACUCAGUUUCUUAGGAAACAUUCUCUUCCUAAGAGGCAAAUGAAGGAUUAUACAAGGCAAAAGGAAGAUGGUUACUUUGAACUCCCCCUUCCUUUCAAGACAAACAAACCCAGUCUUCCCUAUAAUAAACAAUGUGUAGUUCUUAGACUUGCUUCAUUAGUGAUGACUGUCCAUUUCAUGAAUGUCAUUAUAACAUUGAGGAGACAUUUAGAGAGUUCCAAUGUUGGAGCUUAAUAAUCAUCCAGCAUUGUAUAUUCCACACCACUCUGAAUGAUUACCUCUUGACUGGUCCAGAUAUUAUCAACACAGUAGUUGGAGUGCUGUAUUGUUUUAGAAAGGGUCAGAUAGUCCUAAUGUGCAACACUGAAAGAAUGUUUUACCAAUUCCAUGUUGCAAAGGAAUCUGAGGAUGAAGGCAAUGUGGAUUCCAAAACUUCAUGAAUGAAGGUACUCUUGUUUGUGUUUGUACCAACUUUGGACUCAAGUAUCUAGCAUGGUAGGCUCAGGAAAUGUUUGUGAACAGUCCAUCAAGUUUAUCCAGAGACAUUUUUACGUUGAUUAUUGCUUAACAAUUGUAAAGUCAUCUGCUGAAUAGUCUUGUCAAAGAGGCAAGAGCCUUGUGCAGAACAGGAAACCUUUGAAUGCACAAGUUCGUGUCCAACAAUGAAAAAUUGUUUGUGGCUGGAAAAUUCCACUGACAAGAAGAGGAGUUUUUUCAAGACUAGAAUCUAAGGAUUUAUUGUACUUUUCUACUAGUCAGCAAGUGGAUUCUUCAAAUGUUAUUUAAAGAUAAUAUAAGCUGGCAUGAAGAUCUCCCCAUCCAUAUUCUGCCACAGUGGGAGACAUAGCUUUGUAACUUCUCUCACUUGGCUGGCCUCAAACUUUGACUUUGUGCGUUAUAAGCUAGUUUAACUCUAUGUGUGCAUGUUCAUAUAUCAGAGCAAUGAGUAAAACAGGACAGAUCAGUUGCUUACUAGUUAUGGGGAAGGCCAGCGUAGCCCCUACCAAGCUCAUGACUAUUCCAAGGCUUGAAUUACAAACAGCUGUGAGUUUAGAUCGUAAUGGAGAUGUCAAAAAGUUGAAAACUUGCAUUAGUUUUACUGGACUGACUCAAGAGUAGUCCUUGGUUAUGAAAACAAUGACGGCAAGAGAUUUCACACAUUUGGUGCUAACCGAAUUCAAUGCGUAAAAACUACAACACGCCUGAAACAAUGGCGACAUGUCAGUUCCGAAAACAACCUUGCAGAUCACGCCUCGAGAGGGCUGAGUGCAAUUCAACUGAAAGUGCCUAAUUGGUUGAAAGGUUCAGAUUUUUAUGGAAUCUUCCAUACAAAGAAAUGGAGGCAGAAAUAGAAAUGAGCUUAACAUUACAAUUUCUGUAUGAGAUAAUGCGCAUAAUCAACAGCAACCCACUAAGUGUUGAACAUCAUCAUGAUCCUACGGGUCCAGAGCCCCUUACUUAUAAUCACAUACUAACCAUGAAAUCCUCAGUCAUUUUGCCUCUCCAGGAAGAUCUCUAUCCCUAUCUAUGCCUUGCAGAGCUCCGCUAUGCUUUUAAGUUUUGUGAUUGUUCAUGGUUAAGGAUAAAGGACCUUAAAUUUUCAAAGAAUCGAGGACCUCUUUUCAUAACAACCUGCUAACAACUGAAGUGUAAUAAUAGCGCUAACCUCCAUUUUGCAUGUAAUUUGUUUGUACUGUUUUUUUCAUUUAUAUAGUUCUCAUGCAAAGGAAUAAAUGGCUAUGUUAAAGAA